AGGAGGACGGCUAGGAGAGUUAGCUCACUGGCUAUCAUGCUAACGCUCCCCACGCGACGCGAUGUUUUUGUGCGCGUGUAUAGCGACAAGACUCGUUAAAGAUAAAUAAAUAAAAACAUUUGCGUUCAGGGUCGUAUUGUGGACGCGAUCUGACUGUAUCUGAGGCGAUUCGCGUGUUGUGUUUGUCUGGUAAAAAUGGCAACACACAUUGAGUGCUAGCAAGUUGCAGAAAUAGAGCAGCUCUAUUGUUGGCAGGGUGAUAAAUGAUAUUUACUGGUUUUAUUGGGGACAGUCUGUUGAAGAUGAUGGUCACGGGGGUCGUAAUGGGGACGAAUGGACGUGUUCGUCGACGUAGGAAGGUCAUGUUUACAAUGUCAAAUCCACAAAUAAGUGACUGCUAAUCUGUCUCUACAGUGAAGGCUAGUUCAGUAACGCCAAUUUAGAUUAUGAAUCACUCGAGUAAUAAAACAUCACUUGUCUGUAAAACUUCAGUUCAGUUUUCCUCAAAAGACUUUCAGACUGUCAUAUUCAUUCAUAAAUACAAUGAGACUCCAGAUAUAAUCGUCUUUAAUUUAAAUAUAAACUAUUAUUGAAUGAAACAUAACACAGAUUAUUUACUGUAAGAAUGGGCUUUGUUUUCUUUUUUAUUCUUUAUUUUCUAAAUGUUUCAAUUUACAUGAGUAAACUUGCAGCCAAAAUGUAACAGAUACUGCUAUGGUUAAAACAAAUAUAAUCCAUAAAGCUUGUGCACGUGUUUGAAGACAUCAUUAAGUAAUUAGCUUUUGCUAAUAAAUAAAAACGAAAACUCAUAACUGCUAUGUUUUUUUGUAGUUCCAUGUAAAUAUGUGCAUAUAUGAGAUGAACUAGUACCGUACCGUGUGGCCGUGGUACUUUUUUGUAAGUUUUAGUUACUUGACAGUGAUUUAAAUUGCUAGUUGAUCAUAAUAUCUUUUAACGGACUUUCAAUUAAAGUGUAAUUUUCUUCAAUACUGAUUUUAACAAAUGACUACCCUGUUGAAAAAAAUGGCAUAUGCUGGGUUAGGUAUGUUUUGAUGCUGGUUUGACCAGUUUAAACCAGCUAAGGACCAGCACAUGGCCAUCUUAAACCAGCACAUGAUCAGUUUAAACCAGCAUCAAAACAUACCAAACCAGCAUAUGCUGGUUUUUUCAACAGGGUAGUGACCGAUUCCGAAGUGUUGAAACUGCUAGAAAUUUUUGCAGAACACAUGUCGAAAAUUGUGACUCUUUUAUCAUUUUUUUUUCGAUGCAUGUAAUAAUAUAACUAUAUUUCAUUUUGUUUUGGCAAGUUUUUAUUUUACUUUUACAUAAAGGUAAACGCUACAUUAUUCAACAAAAAAUAUACAGAUCUGUGCCUUCAUGCAGUUAAUUCGUAAACUAUCAGUUGUUAUAUCAUCUUAUUUCAUGCUAUAGUCAAAUAUCUGAUGGCUUUAAAUUGACCGAAAAACAUCCGAUAAAUAUUGGUGGCCGAUAGUGCAGUGUUUUUCUGUUUUUAUUAGUCUUGAAUUUGCGAUCUUUCAAAAAAACAAACAUAAUCGUUUGUAUACCGUGGGAAAGAAUCAUCCAUGGCCGCAUCCAUAUUUUUGUGUCUGCAUGAUGCAACGUGUUUGCGUGGCCUCCGGGAAUAUGGCCAGAAUGGAAGGAGUUAGGACCAAUUAGAAGUCAACGAUCAGCCUUUGAGCUAACCGAUUUAGACGCAGUUGUGUUUCUGAAGGGAUCUGCGAACAGAAUCUGUGUAAAGGCUUAUUAGGAGAUGUAUUGUGUGUCGAUGGCAGAGCCACAAGCCUCUUAGGGCAAAACCGCUCAUAAAAACCCACGAUAGCCUUUAUUGAGAUGCCGGUAAUAUCUCUCAGUAAUUCAAGAAGUACAGGACCGGCUACACUAUGCCUCCUCCAGAACAGAGAGUGUGAGAUAGCGUGACGAAAAAACGUAUUUUGGCAGGGCAGGCUCCGAACAAAGAGGAAGUCAUUAAUCUAAGCGUUUAAGCCCGUCAGUCUGGACUCCUAGUUUUCCGGCAAUUUUUUUAAGAAGUGUCACCAGUUGAUUUCUUCGUGUGCUUUUCUUUUUAACCCCGAGAAGUUGUAUUUGUUCUAGUUUGUCACGUCCUUUGGCUACUGCCAAGAGAGCUUAACACGGAGUAUAAAACGUUAUUUUCACACAAAGCUUAAUGAUGUCACAACUUCUGAAGGCAUUCAACUUUGGCAUGUAACAUCCUGCACCGUUUAUAAAUGCAGAUACGAAUGAUACUUCAAAAGGUGUGGCUUAUUAAAAAGAGGUUUGAUAUUUUUGCCCUACGAUCAGACUAAUGAUUUUCGCUUGACAGAUGAAAACUAGAGAAUAUUAAAGAGACUAAGGGGUUGGCGGGCACUCUUUAUCAACCUCAUACAGUUUUUUUGUUGUCAUCUUUAAACUUCAUCCUAAGACCCUUAAUGGAUUCCAACAUGAUACAUUAUAAAGCAAUGGGGGCAAUUCCAUGCAAAUAUCAGCCUUACCAUGAAAAAAGUUUUUACCAUACUGAAAAUACAUAGCACAGAUGUCGACAUUUGAUGGUCAAAUACUCAUCUGAGGUCUCGUUUUAAAGUUUCAAAAGCAUUUUUUACCUUUAAGCAUGUUUUUUCAAAAUCAGAAGAAUGGCAGAGGUUCGGAAGCUGGCCUGUGAUGGCAUGAGGACCAACUCUCGGCCAGAGCUCAAAGUUCCACAUGUGUCAUCCAGACAAGAGAUUCUCACCAGCCUCGUGUCAGCGCUGGACUCUGUGUGCUCUGCCAUGUCUAAACUGAACGCUGAGGUGGCAUGUGUCACCGUACACGAGGACAGCGUGAUCGCCGUGGGAACAGAAAAGGGACGAAUCUUUCUCAACUCCAGAAAGGAGAUACAGACGGACUUCCACAAGUUCUGUAAAGUGUCUUGUCUUCAAGCGAACUCCCACGCUAAAGCUCCUGACGUGGACUGCAGCAGGACAGGCAAAGACUGCGGCCAACAGGCCAGACAGAGAACCUUAACCGACUCUCACUCCAACAUCUUCGUCUUGAGGAAGAUGGUGGAGGAAGUCUUCAGUGUACUGUACAGUGAGGCUGUUGGGAAGAGCAGCCUGGUCCCUGUGCCUUAUGAAUGGAUUCUGAAGGAUCCCAGCUCGCUGGUUGUCUACGGCCUUCCUGACGGUGUUACUUUGAGAAAGCCUUCAGAAUACGACACCAAGACCUUAAUGAAGAUCUUAGAGCAAAGUAAUCGAAUCCGCUUUAUAGUCAAAAGAACGCCAGAGGAACCCUCACGGGAUGCCAAAUCCUGUCCGGAAGUCAACCAUCACUCUUCGACCUCAAAAAGCUUAAGCAACCACGCCACUGUUAAACCCUCUGUUCAGGAAGCGUCUGCUAGCAACUCUAUGCUCUCCAGCUUCCUGUACGGCAUGCCCAUGUCCUCCCAGCCCCACCCAGACAGCAAGAUGGACCUGAAGCCCACAUCCCUGCACAGCAUAGGUAAAGAGAGGCUGGGUAUGUGGGCAUCCUCUGAAGAGAAAGCCGUGCAGGCCAAGGAAUGUGCUGACAAUGGCGAGCGAAUAGGGCUGGCAGGAGAUCUUGCCCAGAGUCCUCCCAGCAUCCAUGUCUCCAAGCGCCUUCUGUUUUCUAUAGUGCAUGAAAAAUCAGAAAAAUGGGACUCAUUUAUCAGGGAGACGGAGGACAUCAACACUCUUCGAGAAUGUGUUCAGAUCCUCUUUAACAGCAGAUAUGCUGAGGCAUUAGGUCUGGAUCACAUGGUUCCUGUGCCGUACCGGAAAAUCGCCUGCGAUCCAGAGGCGGUAGAAAUCAUUGGAAUUCCAGACAAGAUUCCCUUCAAGAGGCCAUGCACUUAUGGAGUGCCUAAACUGAAACGGAUCCUGGAGGAAAGGCACGCGGUCCGCUUUGUUGUCAGAAGAAUGUUUGAUGAAAGGAUUUUUACGGCCGCUGGUAAAGUAGCUAAGGAGGAGGGCAAACAGGAUGGCUCCGCCCUUGAGGAUGGUUUCCCAGAUGGGCUCAGGUUGCCAAGCUCCUCCCUAGAGCUGGUCAACAACACUCACAGCAGCAGAUCGACUAGCUCUUGUGUUAGUCCUUUGGCUGAGUGCGAAGCAGGGCCAUCCGGGGACUGUCUAUCCAUUAAGAAGAUUAAAACAGAACCCCCAGAUGGUGAAAUCAUUCAAGUGACAGUGCCAGAGUCCAGUGCUUCUACAGAAGAGCCAAGCGAGCCCCAGACUGAACGAGUGACCCCUGACCUCUGUCGUUUAUUGGAGCCUGAAGCAGAAGAUUUAGCAUCUAAGACUACGCCGCAGGGGCUCAAAAGAGCUGUCGAAGAAGACAUCGGAGAGAUGAUCCUACAGUUGAGAAAGCAGGUGGAGAGCCUGUUCAGCUCCAAGUACAGUGAAGCUCUUGGUCUGCCCGAGCCAGCUAAAGUGCCAUACUCCAAGUUCCAGAUGUAUCCAGAUGACCUGUUCAUCACAGGGUUGCCAGAAGGGAUGACUUUUCGAAGACCAAACUGUUUCGGGGCAGUAAAAUUGAGGAAGAUUCUUGCUGCAAGCAGUCAGAUCCAGUUUGUUAUAAAAAAGCCAGAGUUGUUGACAGAGCAGGUUAAAAACGAGUCUCUCUCUAAAUCAACCUCUGACUCAGAGACGGACUCCAAAGACCAAUCAGAUGACCCUGGACCCGCCUCCAAGAGACCAGGAUUCUCAGACAGUUUAGAGGCCAAGCUCUCCCGUAUCGACUUGGCGAACACACUGCGAGAGCAGGUCCAAGACCUGUUCAACAGGAAAUACGGCGAGGCACUGGGCAUUAAGUAUCCUGUGCAAGUGCCUUACAAGAGGAUCAAGAGUAACCCCGGCUCAGUGAUUAUUGAGGGCCUGCCCCCUGGCAUCCCCUUCAGAAAGCCCUGCACCUUCGGCUCACAGAAUCUAGAGAGGAUAUUAGCCGUGGCAGACAAGAUCUCUUUCAGCAUCACAAGGCCUUUCCAAGGACUCAUUCCAAAGCCAGCACCUCGGAGAAUAACCAUAUUGAAGAAAGGUUACACCCCAAUAAAUGAAGAAGACGAGGUCAAUCGAAUGGGAGAGAAAGUGAUAUUAAGGGAACAAGUUAAAGAGCUCUUUAAUAAGAAAUAUGGUGAAGCUUUAGGUUUGGAUCGCUCGGUCCUUGUUCCAUAUAAAUUAAUCCGCGCCAAUCCCGGCUCAUUGGAAGUGACUGGACUUCUGGAUGAUAUUCCAUUCAGGAAUCCGAAUACUUAUGACAUCAUUCGAUUGGAAAAAAUUCUGCAGGCUCGAGAUGAAAUUACCUUCAAUAUCAAAACCCCACUACAACCUUUUACAGAAUUGUGUACCCAGUCUUGUAAUACAGAAUGUAAAGAAGUGUCCACCAAUCGACGCAAACGUAAACGUGUUCUUGACAACAGUCAAGCGUCCGUGCCCACUGGAGCAGACUCGGCACUAUCAACCAAUCAGAUUCCUGUCAUGCAGUGGCCCAUGUACAUGGUGGACUAUAGCGGAGUGAAUGUUCAAGUUCCCAGCAAGGUCAAAUACUAGACAACAGUCUGAUGCCAUACGGUGGACCUGCAACAUAAGGGACCAUUUAAACCUGACAUUAAUGAAUGCUAAAUUCAGCUUUUUCCAGUUUUGCGGCCGACCCCGCAACCCACGUUUGGGUCACGAGCGUGUCGGCGGAUCUGUAAGGUGUGACCUGAUGCAGUUGUUUCUAAAGAUGGAGAAAAGCCCCAGCAGUAAAUCAGACUUUCUGCCAGUGCUUUAUUACUUCAAGAGGCUGUUUGUAAAAGGAGUUGCCAUUAUUAUCGGAAUAUGAGAUAUUAAUUGUAUUGCAUUGCCUCCAGGAUUUGCUAUGGAAGGUUCUGGAAACAAUCAUGGUUACCAUUUCAAAGAAUGGGAUUUGGGAUUUGUCUUUCCCAAAUAUGACUAAUCGCUCUUGGGAUACACAGCCUGGUAACGCGUGUACUGCAUCCAGUACGUAUUCUGUAGUUACCUGGCUGUCAUGCCUUGCAAAUGUUUGUAUUGUUAUUUAUUUAUUUAUUUAAUAAAAAAUUUGUAUAUGCAGGGAAUGUAAACUACCACUUUCAGUUUACAGUCUAAAAUACUGAAUGACACGACUAACGAGGCUCAAAACAACUAGCUACUGUAUGUAUAUUCAGAGAAAAACCUUUGCUUCAGGUUUCGGUAUCUCGAGCUGGAGUAUCCUAACACGAUAGCACUAACUUAUAUUCAAGCGAGAUACUUCUUUUUGUAUUAUUUUAGCUUUGUAAGUUACUCUUCAGUUCAUUAAGCAUAACGGCAAAGUGAGGUGUUUUAUGGAGAAACCAUCAUGAAUGUAUUGUUCGUAAAGGAAAGAAUGCUAUAAUGUUACUCUAUAAUGACUGUCUCUGGAAUCGCCAGUAUUUAUAUGCUGUACCUUAAUGCCAUUUAGGCCUUUCAAAUAAAAUGUGCUGCCUUGCUUUUAUUGAUUUA